CCAAGUCAAUUUUUCCAGAGUGUUAGAAGAAUCAGAGCCUCCACAAUCUAACUACUCAUUCAAUCAAUCUCCUCCACUUUGAUAGUUUCAAGUUAUUAUCUAGGCUAGUAGAAUUCUGGACAAGCAUCCCUAAAAGAAAUUGCUCCUCUUGCUUAGCAAGCAAAGAUUGAUCUCAGCAGAAGUGAUGAUUUAUUUGAGUUGACAUGAAAGUCCAAUUACCUUGCAUUGCCAUAAUGCACGUUGUAUAUUUGACAGAGAUUGACCUCCUUGCUUCUCUCAUGUAGACGCUGAGCCCAUUUUCGCCUAUCCGAAGUAUGGGAAAUAAAGCAAUUUAUUUCCUCCAAUCAUUGGUAGCAAUCUUUACCAGCACAAUGAUCUCUUUAAAGCAUCCUCCGCUACGAUAGAUUCUAACUAUUGAGCAACAAUUUUGUAUUUUAAUGGAAAAUGCAAUUGUCUUUUCAAGAAAAGACAUUUUCUCCCCAAACGAAAAGGAAAAAUAUGCUAGAUACCAAAAGACCAAAUCUUGAAGCUGACAAUAGGCACAAAUCCUAGAACAAGGACAACUUGCAGAUUCCAUAUGCCAAGGGGUUGUUCAAAUGAAGAGCCACUAAGCUAUAUAGCCCACUAAAAUUCACUCUCCAUAAAUUACACAUACAAACAUCAUGAGUUCAAGCAAACAGUUUUUGUCUAAACUUGGCCGUAGUCUAAAGACAAUGCCUUUCACAAAGAAAACGAAGAGUUUCGCGGCAAAUAAGGCGGCUAUCAUGAAGCAGCAGCCGGAGGCAACCAUCACGACCGUGGAAAUUAAGGAUGUCGGCCGAGACGGUAUUACCAUGCUGGCAAAGGUUUCUGUUCACAACCCAUACCCAGUCUCCGUUCCCAUAUGUGAUAUAACUUUUUCCCUCAAAAGUUCUGGCAGGGAGAUUGCAUCAGGUAAAGCUCCAGAUCCAGGGUUCCUGAAGCCCAAUGACUAUACAAUGUUGGAUGUGACAAUAAAGGUUCCAUUUAAUGGGUUAUUGGGCUUGGCCCAAGAUAUAGGUGAAGAUUGGGAUGUUGACUAUAUUUUAGAUUUGGGCUUAAUUGUUGAUCUUCCUGUAAUUGGCAACAUAACUAUCCCUGUCUCCUACAAGGGUGAGAUGAAGCUUCCUACUCUUGGACUUGUUUGAAUGGAAUCACUUAUAAGUACUUUGUAGGAUUACAAAAUAAGUUGAUUUACUAAGCUUCUUAUUUUUCGAUGUGUUCAAAUGAAUUGACUUGCACGUAGGUGGUGGAUGGAUAAAUGAAGUUUCUAUUUUUAUUGUUAA